GGAGCAGAGCAUGGUGGAGCGGCGGCAGAGCGGCAGGACGAGGUGUUGCUGCCGGGCUGCGACCAGGAGACCCUCCGAUGAGACGAGCAGCCUGGACCCCUCAGCCCGGCCCCCCCAGCGCCGCCAUGUUCGAUAACUCCAACUACCCCUUCAACUGCUUCAACUACGAUGGAGACGGGUACCCGUCCUCCAGCACGGACGAGGAGAAGAAGAUGUGCAGACCCGCGUACAGCUACAUCGCUCUGAUAGCCAUGGCCAUCCAGCAGAGUCCCGAGCAGCGGGUCACCCUGUCGGGCAUCUACGAGUUCAUCAUGAAGCGCUUCCCGUACUACCGCUCCAACCAGAGAGCCUGGCAGAACUCCAUCAGGCACAACCUGUCCCUCAACAGCUGCUUCAUCAAGGUUCCUCGCACAGAGGGCAACGAGAAAGGAAAGGGGAACUACUGGACCUUCGCCAGCGGCUGCGAGUCAAUGCUCGACCUGUUUGAAAACGGCAACUUCCGGCGGCGCCGGCGCCGGAGGAACAUGAAGAUCGGCUUCCGGGAUUCCAAAGAGGCGCCUUUCCUCCACCCGUUGGAAGGCCACGGCGAUCGGCACGCGGCCGCGGCUCGCCGGCCCCAACCCGCCUCCGCCGUCUGCCCUUUGAACCCCGAGAGGCCGAGGCCCGGCCCCCGGCAGAACCACCUCGUCCCGAACCCAGCCCAGCACGGGAAACCAGAGUCGGAGAUCAAAUUCAGCAUUGACUACAUCCUCUCCACUCCGGAUCCGCCCCCGUCCGGGUACCGAUCCGCCCAGGGCCCCGUUCACAUCGGGCCCGCGGGGCCUCCCGUGCACGUCCUGGAGCCCCAACACCUGAACCUGCACUUCUGGACUCUGUGAGAGAGGAGAGGAGAGAGACCGGACUUUCAUCUUUUCUUUUGUAUCGUCUGUGUCCAGAACUGGGAAGUACUGUGAGGAGCCCACAGAGGGGAUUGUGGGUAACGUGAAACAUGUAUAUGAGGUGCAGAGUAUAGAGGUACAGUAUCGUGGAGGCGCACGUCAAGAACUCAUCAGAGACAUCAAGUGACCGGUACAGUCGUCAUGUUGUUAUUGUCCUGUAGACAUAGACUAGCUUACAGUCCUCUGUAUGUACACAGGAGUGAAAAUAAGUAAAUAUCACGUUAGUCAAAACAAACUCCAUCUUCUGAUCUAAAAUGUGAGAUUAUUUUCUUCAUUAAAGAAGAGUUUAUUCAUAAUCUUAUGGUUGGACAUGUCAUUCUUUUGGCCGGUCAAACAAACAUAUCAUGUACGGAGAUUUAAUUAUCAUUAAUGGAACAUUUAGUUAUUUUUGUGUGUGUGAAUGUGACAAAUGAGUUAAAACGUCCCCUCCAGACGCGUCUAAGACACACGGUAGCUGUAUGAAGACUAUUUUUGACUGAUAGAGAUAAAAAUAAAAAAAAGAUAUUCAUUC